AUGCUUUCAAGACAAGCAUUCAGAACAGGAAAGACCGUUGCGUCGCUGUUGCAGACCCGUUCAUACCAUCCAAAGGUCAUCGACCAUUACCAGAACCCACGUAAUGUUGGUUCCUUCAACAAGUCUUUGCCAAACGUGGGCACCGGCCUUGUGGGCGCCCCAGCUUGUGGUGAUGUGAUGCGUUUGCAAAUCAAAGUGAGUGAUGAUGGAGUCAUCGAGGAUGUGAAAUUCAAGACGUUUGGAUGCGGAUCUGCGAUUGCUUCGUCGUCGUAUUUGACAGAGCUGGUAAGAGGAAUGACUCUCGAAGAGGCGGGCCAGGUAAAGAACACCGCCAUUGCUAAGGAACUGAGUUUGCCGCCCGUGAAAUUGCACUGUUCGAUGUUGGCAGAGGAUGCGAUCAAGUCCGCCAUCAAGGACUACCGGUCCAAGCGUGCCACCACAACUCUCGGCCCGGAAGCCGCCUGA